GGGGGAAGGGAGAGAUUGCUUCUAUUGUAGGAGUAUCCCUGUCGAGAUCAGACCCCUCCCUCCCCGGCUAACAGCACUGCGGCCGCAGCAGGCGUGUGGGGGAACCGGCCAGUUGGCGCUACGACGUCACCCCAGCGGGAAAUUCCCAGCCGCGGGGAGGAGCGGCCGAGGUAGGGCCGAGAACAGCUGAGCCGGAGCAGCAGGACGGCGCGGAGCAGCUGCUGCCGCCGCCGAGAGUCCCGGGCUGAGAGCGCGCGCGUGUGUAGCGGGCACCAUGGCUGGUGGGUCUGAACCCUGUGUCGAAAUAUUCGAGCAACCCAGGCAGAGAGGCAUGCGUUUCAGGUACAAAUGUGAAGGACGAUCAGCAGGCAGCAUUCCAGGAGAACGUAGUACCGACAGCAAUAAGACAUAUCCCUCUGUAGAGAUUCUGAACUUUGAUGAUAAAGUGAAAGUAAGGAUUACAUUAGUGACAAAGAAUGAGCCCUACAAGCCGCACCCUCAUGACCUGGUUGGAAAAGACUGUAGGGAUGGCUACUAUGAAGCAGAAUUUGGACGAGAUCGCAGAGUCCUAUCUUUUCAGAAUUUGGGCAUUCAGUGUGUUAAAAAGAGAGACCUGAAAGAAUCAAUCUGUUCACGAAUCGCAAGAAAGAUCAAUCCAUUCAGUGUGCCCGAAGAACAGCUGCUCAAUGUUGAUGAGUAUGACCUCAAUGUCGUGAGACUCUGCUUUCAGGUAUUCCUCCCUGAUGAACAUGGCAAUUGCGUGAUACCACUUCCUCCCGUCAUCUCCAACCCUAUUUAUGAUAACCGAGCUCCUAACACAGCAGAGUUGAGAAUCUGUCGUGUGAACAAGAACUGUGGAAGUGUAAAAGGAGGAGAUGAAAUAUUUCUACUGUGUGACAAGGUUCAAAAAGAUGAUAUAGAAGUCAGAUUUGUCUUGAAUGAAUGGGAAGCCAAAGGUAGUUUCUCACAAGCUGAUGUACAUCGCCAAGUCGCUAUUGUAUUCAAAACCCCACCAUUUUACAAAGACAUCACUGAACCAGUUAUGGUAAAGAUGCAGCUGCGAAGACCCUCUGACCAGGAAGUCAGUGAGUCGAUGGAUUUCAGAUAUCUACCAGAUGAAAAAGAUCCUUAUGGUAAUAAAGUGAAAAGGCAAAGGCAAAUAUCAACAUUGGCUUUGCAAAAGCUCAUGCAGGAAUAUGGUCCCAAUGUGUCCGAGAGGCCCAAAGCAGCUCCAUUCCGGUCUAUCCCUGGCGAAGGGAGGAUAAUUAAGAAAGAACCAAAUAUGUUUUCUCAAACUGCGAUUAUGCCGCUGCAGAGAACUCCUGUAAGCACCAGUCAAAUUCCGUCUUACUAUUCCCCACCCACAUGCAAUUCAAAUCCAAUCCCACAUCAGCCUACAAAUGUGCAGGCCAUGGGACCGGUUAAGCAUGAUGAAGCUCUUUCUUCAUGUUGGCAUUCCCCAUGCUCCUCUUCUUCAUCAGGCAACACAGUUAAUACACACCCACAGAACAGUUUUGUGAUGGAUGCACUUCACCCUAACCCACAGAGUAGCAGUUCUCUCUCAGCUCUUCAUGAAAAUGUUCUGAACUGGACUGAUCAGAAGGAUAUAAACUACUAUAGAGAUUUCACCAGCACAAAUGGUAUAGGAACAUCAGCAAUGUCACAGCAAGACAUGCAGAAUGUCUCUGAUAGCAGCAUCAUGCAUCAGGCUCACACCAUAAACGUCACAGCACCCAGCAUUGUUAACAUGGAGACUGAUGAAAUGGGAUGCAUGAGCAUGAACGUAGAAAAGACAUCAUUUAAUCAAGUUUUAAAUCCAAGUGAUCACAGGAGGCAAAUCCAUCAGGUGCCUUCUACCAGUACAUCUCUAGCAGCUUCUUGUAGCUCAUCCUUUAAUUCACAGUCCAACGCAUUUCAUUCAACUACUUACAGUUUCCUAGACCCUCAAGUUAUGAACGAAUCAAGGUCACCCAGCAAUCUUAUUCAGAAUAAUCAAAAUAGUGCUUCCAAUAGCCAGUACUAUACAGAUGGGACCCAAGGUGAAGAAGAGCUUUUGAGCACCUUUGGACUCACUUUAGAGACGCUAUUGCAGAGCUUCAACCACUGAGUCUCUGUUUUGCUGUCAGUCUGAAAACUAGUAUCCAAAAUUUCUCUAAUGGCCAGAGACAGACAAUUUAUAUGUAAUUGAAUAUUCAUAUUCAUAGUUACUGCUGUGGGAGCCUAACUUUUCCUCUCAGAAUGUUUGUCAGUGCAACUUAUUAUGCACGUUUCAGACUGUAAUUAGGGUGGCUGAUCAAAGGUUGAUGCCACAUUAAAGGUGACAUUAGGGAAUAGGGUUUGGGAAUUUGUACAUCAAAAUAACCCCAUAUAAUUUUUUUACAGUGUUGGAAAGGGGUAGUGAAGGGGGCUGCUAAGUGCUAAAGACCUCCUGCACUCAGCAGAAGCUCACUGAUGGAAACAAGUAUCUUCAUGGGGCUACAUUUAUAUAAUUUAAGGGAAAGAAGUAGUUGGAAACGAAAACAGUUGUUGCUCCUUACAAAAUUAAUAUAAAUUUGCUAAAUAACAAACCAGACAAUCCAGGAAUUGGCCACUGCCUUACAUCAGCAGGACCCAUUUAGUCCUCUUAAUAUUUUCUUCUUACCUGAUAGCGCUAUCUCAACACUUUUUAUAUAUACAUUUUUAUUGCUAAACUUAGCUUUUAUGCACUGAUAUUUUUUUUUUCACAUUUAUAUGUUCACUCCAUUUGCUUAGAAAGCAAAUUUAGUCUUAAAAAUGGUAAUGACUAUGUCAUUGUUAGGUCUAUUUAAAAAUAUUAGAAUGUUCCCUGGAGUUCUUAAAUAGUGCAGCUAUGGUGUGACAUGAAUUAUUGAACAAAGAAGCAAAACCAUUUUGCACUGUUCUCUCGGUAUUUUUUUUUUUUUACCGUAAUGUACUGGAUGCUUUAUGAAUGGUAGCAUGGGAUUGGUACUGUAAGGAAUAUACUUUUUUGGGUUGCAUGUGUUUAUUUUGAAUUACAUAAAAUAUAUUGGGUCAGAUCCUCUUACAUACACCUCCUUUCUGGUGACUUUGGGCCAACCUAAAACAGCUGAGAGUCCCCUUGCAUAGGAGAAUCCUGGGUGACAUAAACCUCUGUACCACCUACUUCUGGCUCUUGGCAUCAAAGGGGGAAGGAGAAGGUGUGGCCAAAAUAUGCUGUGCUCUGGGCAUCCAGAGUCAUUCCCAUCUGCACCCUGAAUCAGGGGCUAUGCCCUACCCCCUUAGCUCCAUAGGUUGUCAAGCAUAACUCAAGCACAUGUGAGGAUCUAGCCCAUAAUGUCCAUAAAUGAUAUUUCUGUGUUGUGUGGGGUUUUGUGGUUAUCUUGUUUUUAUAGCAACAAGUUCUCUAAUCAGAUUCAUUCACUUUUUUAAGCUAUUUAAACAGUCUUAUCCACUGACAAAGGCAUCACUAAACUUUUAAAAACUCGUAUAAGUCUAAUUGCUGUCUGGCAGUCUAACUGACAGAUGCAAAAAUAAAUAAAUCUGAUUCAGAGCAAUAAUCUGAAGGGCGUAGGUGAGUGGUUUUCAACCUGUGGUAGGCGGACCUGCAGACUAUGUCUAAGGGCUGGUCUUCACUACGGGGAGAUCAACAUUGCUGCAAUCAAUGCAACGGGUCGAUUUAGUGGGUCUAGUAAAGACCCGCUAAAUCAAUGACAGAGCACUCUCCAGUCAACCCCGGCAUGCCACCUCUCUGAGAAGAGUAAGGGAAGUCAACCGGAGAACGUCUCCCAUCAACGCAGCUCAGUGAAGACACUGGGGCAAGUCGACCAAAGCUACGUCGACUCCAGCUUUGUUAUUCACGUAACUGGAGUAGUGUAACUUAGGUCAACUUACCCUGGUAGUGAAGACAAGCCCUAAGAUUUCCAAAGGGGUCUGCACCUCUAUUUGAAAUUUUUGAGGGGUCCCACAAAUGAAAAAAAGUUGAAAGCCACCAGUGUAGGUGAUUAUGCAACUCUAGUCGUAAUGCUCAAUACAGGGCACGUCUGUGUAUAUAUUUCUGCAGAUAUUUUUAAACUAUAUUUAUGCAGCUGGAGCUUGGACAGGUGCUUCCUAUAAAUCUAAUGAGAGAGGAGCUGCAACGUGCAAGUCUUCAGCAUUUUUGUAAUAGCUUUAAAAUAAAUGAAAGGGACCAAGCAGCAUUUUUUCAUGUGCUUUGUAGGUGUAAUAACCAAACAGAGCAUGACUGAGGAAACAGAGAGAUCAAAAUAAAGCUUGAAAUAUCUGUUCAAUCAGUUUCUUUAAAGUUCUCAAUUAACAUUUUAGUAAUUUUUUAUUUCAAAAAUUCUUGGGUACAGUUUGUUUUAUUGUGUAUAAUUAAAUAUUUUCAUUCAUC